CCCCUUUCCUCUUGCUCUGUCUAAUCCCUUCCCCUCUUGUCCAUUCCGGAAGGGAACCUUUUUCAGACUUUUCCAGUUGACACGUAGGAUCACUUUAGUCGACACAAUCCGGCAUAGCCAACAUGGCGGCGGCCGUGAGCUACCUCCGUAGAGUUUUGAUGCAUCAUCAAAGGCAUAGUCUUUCCAAGAUCAUUUAUCAGGCGCCCCUUCAUCCUUGUUCCCUAUGUAGUCAGAUGUCCAGCAGACAUUUUGCUACUGCUGUAAAGCCUGCUCAAAAGAAGAAAAAAGAUCCCAAAGCAAAAUCAUCAGAUGAGAUAAAAGAGGAGAUAGAAAAAAUAAAGUCCUCCGUCUAUAUGGAAGGUGACCCUGAAGAUGAUGUCUACCUAAAGCGCUUAUAUCCGAGGCAGAUGUAUGAGGUGGAGAAAGCUAUCCAUUUGCUUAAAAAAUUUCAAAUUCUCGACUUUACUUAUCCAAAGCAAGGCGUUUACCUUGAUUUGACUCUGGAUGUGACACUAGGGAAGAAGAAAAAAUCGGAGCCAUUUGCCAGUGUUGUUAGUUUUCCAUACCCCUUCGUUUCAGAAAUCAAUAAAGUUGCUGUAUUUACAGAGAAUGCAUCAGAGAUCAAAAUAGCAGAAGAAAAUGGAGCUGCAUUUGCAGGAGGAGCUGAUCUGGUUCAAAAGAUUUUGGAUGAUGAAAUUCAACCAGACUUCUAUGUUGCUGUUCCAGAAAUAAUGCAGGAACUUAAUCCAUUACGGAAGAAACUGAAAAGAAGAUUUCCUAAGCUUAAUCGAAAUUCUAUUGGACGUGACAUUCCAAAAAUGCUUGAAUUAUUUAAAACUGGACAAGAAAUUAAAGUAGAUGAAGAAAAGGAGAACUUUCUCAACGCCAAAAUAGCAACACUGGACAUGCCAGAUAACCAGAUAGUUGCCAACAUGAAAGCACUGAUUAAUGAAGUUUGUAAACACAAAGCACUGAGUUUGGGACCCUUUGUUGUACGAGCUUUCCUUCGCAGUUCAACAAGUGAAGGAUUAUUACUAAAGAUUGACCCUUUGUUGCCAAAAGUGGAAACCAAAGAAGCUGACUAAAAGUGUGGCACUAUGCAAUUAUUUUCAGUUAAUUAAAAAGAAGAGGAAAUUAGAAAACCGUAUACUUUUUCCUUUUGGUGUCUUAUUUCUUGAUCUUGAUCAUUAUAUAUGUAAGUUUUAAUGAUGGAAAACAUUUAAAGCUUUCAAAAAUGAGAAAAUAAACAUGUGUCUGAAAUUA